AGUUUUUACAUUUUCUUACUCUUACUUUUUAUAUGGCAAUUUUCUACUCUUUUUUUUUAUGACAACAUGUGGGGUUUGGUUUAAUCAAAUGCUCUUUACCUUUUGUCUAACCUUAUAAUUUUCUUCAUUCACAUUCACAUUUUUCUCCCAACAUAAGAUCCACCACCACUCCACCACCGGAGCCCAUGGCGGAUGGACCCAUCAUAACCUCCACCACCGCCCCCACCGCCAGGCCAAAGCGACCACGACCACCAUCAGGACGCACCAACCUAGCCUCAUGUGUCGUCGCCACAAUCUUCUUAAUUUUCAUCAUCAUCGUCAUCCUCAUAGUAUACUACACAGUUUUCAAACCCCAAGACCCCAAGAUCGCCGUCAACGCCGUUCAGCUUCCAUCUUUCUCCGUCAUCAACGGCACCGUUAACUUCACCUUCGCACAAUACGCCUCCGUUAGAAACCCUAACCGAGCUGCUUUCUCUCACUACGACAGCUCUCUUCAAAUCCUCUAUUACGGUAGCCAGGUCGGGUUCAUGUUCAUCCCCGCCGGUCAGAUCGACGCCGGGAGAACACAGUACAUGGCCGCCACGUUCUCUGUCCAGUCUUUCCCGUUGUCGGCACCGCCGAAUAUGGGGCCCACACUGGCGAACGGUGAUGGUGUAGGGUUUAACUUCGGGUUGAGAGUUCAACCGACGAUGGAGAUUGAGUCGAAGCUGGAAAUGGCAGGGCGUGUUAGGGUUUUGCAUUUCUUCAGUCAUGAAGUGAAGGUUAGAACCGGUUGCAGAGUCGCCAUUGCCGUUAGUGACGGUUCUGUUUUAGGUUUUCAUUGCUAAGUUUUCUUAGUGAUAACUCUAAAUAUUAUAUAUAUCAAAAUUAAUUGUUAGUGAUGUUUAGUAAGGAAAUCAUGGAAAACAAAAUUGUAAAAAUGGACUUUUCAGAUUAUAAAUUUUGAAUGCAGAUUUUGACA